AUGAACAUUCCAGCCAGAGUUGCAGCCACACUUCCCCUACUCGCCUCUCCUUUGCUUCCCUCUUCUCUCAGUCUCCAGAGCUUCUGCUCUUUAAUCUCUCACCACCGCGUGCGCAAAUUGGGUUUAGUGCCAACAGUGCAGAGUAGGAGAUUGAGACGCUGCGUUGAAGAGAAAAUGGCUUGGAGUUUAGAGAAGUGCGAUGCUGGAGUUGAAACUGAGUUGGGGUUAGUUCGACCGGCCACCGGAGCUCACACUGAAGAGGCAGUUGAAGCUCUCAGAGCCGGCAAAGUCAUUGCAGUCCCCACCGAUACACUUUACGGCUUCGCUUGCGAUGCUUGUUCUUUGGAAGCAGUGAAUCGGAUAUAUGAGAUUAAAGGACGUAAACAUACAAGUCCUCUUGCAAUUUGUGUUGGGGAUGUGCCAGACCUUAAGCGGUUUGCUGCCACAGAACACUUGCCCCAUGGCUUACUUGAGAAUCUCCUUCCAGGACCUGUUACUCUUGUACUAAACCGAGGGGAGUCGAGUAUUCUUGAGAAGUCUCUGAACCCAGGAUUGGAUAGUAUAGGAGUCCGAGUGCCUGACUGUAACUUCAUCAGGGACAUUGCCCGCAGACUGGGGAGUGCAUUGGCCCUUACAAGCGCAAACCUAAGCGGGCAGCCAAGUAGUGUUUCCAUCAAAGAUUUUGAGAACCUCUGGGAACAUUGUGCAUAUGUUUACAAUGGUGGUGUGCUUCCUUCAGGCCGUGCAGGCUCAACAGUCGUGGACCUCACCAGGCUAGGCAAGUACAAGAUUCUUCGACCUGGAAGUGCAAAGGAAGAGACUGUUGCAAUCCUUGAAAUGCAUUCUCUUGAGGAAGAAGGAGCAGCUACUUAA